GCGGCUAUUUGGUUUGAGUGGUACGCAAAAACAGCACGUAUGUGGGACGUGUGUGCGGAUCGGCAGAAAAAAUCAGCGUACAAGGACACCGUGAACUACAUGAAGCUCUUCUUACCAAACGGCUUCGCGCUGGACCCGUCGGUCCCUGACUACACCGACCAAGUUGUUCGUACCGGAAUUGAGGCCGAAGCCGGGAUGUACAGAUUUUUCGAAGAGUACGGAGUCAAGAGCAAACGUGGAUCAGCUGCACUCAAGCAACUGCGCAAGUUUUUCCGGGAAAGCAAGCUCAACUCUCUAGUAGACGCGUACCGUGCUCGCGUUGCUGUCGCUGGCGUAACGGACCCAGCGCCCAAGGAAACG